AUGGAGUUCGAACAUUUGGCAGAUGAUGAGUUGGACCUUGAGCUUCUGAUACGAGGUACGAAAGAGAUAAAAGGAUUAGACCGACAGGGGAAAGUAAUACGUCUAUGUCAACUUUCACGUAACAAGUCUUCAGCUCUACCAACGGCUUCAAACAACAUAAUGUCAGAUGUAGACAACAUUUAUCAAUGUCAAGCAAGGUUACAAAAUAUUCUCCAAACGGUUGAAUCGUCGUUUAGACAAAACAAUGCAGACCAACUAAAAAUUUGUCGAUCGAGGCUUAUGCAUUACCAGCUCCGACUCUCUUUAAUCACCGAUAGCUUCAUAACGGCCAAUGCAAACAAAUCGUUGGCUAAAAUCAAGCAAAUCUUGGCCAGGAUACAGGACUUCAUGCUGCAUCAACCAUCCACCAACCCGGACGCAAAAGAGGAUAUUGACAUUCUCCCUGGAGAUAGGGAAACCCUUCAAAGGCUUAGGGAUCCCCUAUUACAAUCUAGUGUAAAGGAAUCUCAGCAACAGCCACUAAUCGAGGAUCGGGAACAGCAACCAGCAGUAGUCAAUCAACAGGCACAGGGACAAGUGGAGGACGAAAAGCAAGACUUACAUCAAGAGCAACAAAUAAUAGCGCAGCAACAGCAACUGCUGAGGCAGCAACAAGAACGUCAAUACUGGGAACAAUGUAGGCAACAGCAGGAACAAAUCCAUCAACAGCAGUUGCAACAGUUUCAACAACAACAACAAGAGCUACAACACCUUCUACAGCAGGAAAGAACAAAAAGACAGCAAAUAGAAAACCAAAUGGGACUAUUGCAACAUCGUCAGCAGGAACAAUAUCAACAGCAUCCUAACGUGAGCCAACACGAUAAAUCCUCCCCUAGCGUAAAUUGGCCGCUGGAUUAUCCAGGACAGAUCCCACCGCAUGCGAUACCAGGAGUAGAUCAGUUACCACACGACCUCAGGAACGACUUCAUGCGCUUCUUACGAUCUCAGAAUAGACCAAACACCCCGAGGUCAGGUGGACAAGUGCAAAAUUCAGCAAGGUUCACGCAGCCGGUUCACAAGUGGCCCUUUGAAUACUCUGGUCAACCCAACAUCAUACAGUUGGGUGAAUUUCUUAACCAAGUAAACACUUUUGCCGACACGGAAGGAAUUGAUGAGCAAACUCUACUUCGGUCAAUCAAACAUCUCUUGAAAGGUCGCGCUCUCCAAUGGUACACACGUUCCUAUCUUUAUCUAACCAGCUGGGAGACAUUCAGAUUAGAAAUCAAGCAAGAAUUUCUUCCGCCCAAUUAUUCAGAGAUCAUUAAGCAAGACUUAUACUUGCGAUUCCAAGGUUCUAACGAAUCGUUCACAUCGUUUUACAGAGACCUCGUGGCAGCUUUUGAAAUAGUGGAACCAGCCAUAUCAGAAUCAGAGAAACUGUUCAUCGUGAAAUCCCACCUGAACCCGGAUUAUUCACCAAUCGCUGCUGCUUCCCGAGCCAGGUCAAUUAAAGAGCUAGUAGUGGUAUGCAAGGACUUCGAAGUAUCUCGAUCGUAUGCAAUCAGAGGAAGGUCGUCUUUGACACCACGCACUUAUUGGCCAAAACAGGAAACAUCUUCAUUUCAGCGAGCGUCAACAAACAGAACAGAAAAUCCUAGCCGUCAAAUUUUGACCCGACAACCAUUUCACACAGCUCAACUCAACAUGAUGGAACUAAACCGAGAAGAGGAAGACGAUUGGAACGCACAGGAGAUUCGAGAGCAUGAAGCCAUGCAACAGGACAUCGCUCUACGGAACGAGACAGCUGCAAAUGUCGCGGAGGAAGUGAACGCGGUGCGCUUGCAGAACAAUUUUCGAGACAGGCAAACAACAAACUCACAGAACAUAGGUAAUGGAGAGCAGCGCUCAAGAGAGUUGGCGUCAACUAUCAUAUGUUGGCAAUGCGAAAAUCCAGGCCAUACCUAUCCUAACUGUCCCAACCAGAAACUAUAUAUCUUUUGUUACAGUUGCGGGAAAAAAGGAUGUACCACUCGCAACUGCGAAGCUUGCAUAUCAAGAUGGAAGCAGCUGGAUUCCAGUAAUGUUUCACAGCAGUCGGGAAACCGCAGAUGGGAGAACCCUCAAUAA